UGAAAAUAUAAAUAUCAACAAACAUAUUCCUUUUAAAUCGAAGUGUCUAACUAGGAAGCUUAGAUUAGUGGGUUAACGUUUUGACAGCUCUUUUGUAGGUCGUGGAUUUGUGUCUUGUAGGAAUCUUAACUUUCUUUUUAUAUUACGUUCUGCAUAUACAAAAACUGCAUUUUAAAAAACUAAAUAAGGUAGAUUAGAGAGUUUUCAAUUUCAAAAUAUGAUUGAACACACCCUCCGCUUUCUAUUUAUGUGCCGCUCCAACAAUUAAAUUGCAUGUUACAAGCAAAAAUGAAUUAAUGAAGGAAUUGAAGCAUUUUAUAUUCAUAUUAUAAAGAAUCUAGAAAUCUAGGAGACUUUUAAAAAUGUCAUAGACAAUGGCAGUGUGUGUGAAAUUGAUUGUGUGCUCUGGAAAGUCAACUUACAUGUAAACAACAUAAAAUAAAAUAAUUACAAUUUGGAUAAACGAGAGUAUUUUAUUUCUUCCUCUUAGUCUUAUGCUUUCGUAUCUGUGUAUUCUUGUAUAUUCUUGCAUGGAAGUUUUCUAUUAUUUUGUAUUCUUUUGUUAAUCUGUGACAUGUCUGCGUAUAUGUGUACAUGCAUGCUAUGUGUCUUUGUCCUGAUAUACAUGUAUGAUAGUCGGUUAAAAAGCUCUACAGAGCUACACGUGUUUGAUAUGUUGAGUGUAUAUAGUGCCGACUUUAAAUAAAAGUUACUUUACUUUACUUUUACUUUAGUUCAGCUUGAUUGAUUCUUAUUCUGGAUAUUUAGAUUUUCGGCUGAUGAUUUUUUUUUUUUUAUUGACAUAUACCAAUCUUCGUAUUAUAAAUAUGUAAGCAAUGAAUUAUUUUUUGAAAGACGUAGUACUUAUCACACCUGCAACGGUGUGCACGUGCAGGUGUAUACACAGAUUCUUUAUAUACAUUGGGGGUGGGGUGGCAACAAGUUUAGAGCCUGUGUCCAUGACGAAUAAUAUAUAGCAUCGUUUAAUUUUUUUCUUCGAUUUUUAUAAUUUUUAAAUUUGAUCUGUUUCAUUCAUGCGGAGAACUCUUCAACAUGGGAGGUACGAAACUAUGUGCCUAAAGCGCCCUCUGUCAACAAAUGGAAACACAAUGAGCAUAAAUUUGUGUGCAUAUUUCACAAAGAAGAGGGUCAAAAUCAUGUCACAGCGGACAUAGCAUCUCAAGGUAUUCUUUUAAUAGGUCAAAAAUUAUUUAUUUUCUAAUGUUAACCAGACUUCAUUCCGUUCCUUCUCGCAAAAGUUCGGAAAAAUCUCGCUCGGCGCCUUGGAAUGUCGAGUGGCUCGGAAGUUGUUGAAGAGUUUCGCCGCCGCCUGACGACUUUCUUCAUCAGAAAAGUAAAAAUGGGAACGGAAAUGGUCAGUUAUAAUGGUCAAGAGUGAAAAUUGAACUCGUGAUCUUUAACUCCCGUGUGAUUUAACCUGUUUAGUCACUGUUUAAAAAGUUUGUCGGAGUUUUGAAACAUCAAAGAGAUCAACAUGGAAUCUCAUUAACUCCCUUUGCAGUUGAUGGACGUGAAAAAAGCGAUGGAUGACAUGAUACUAAUAGUAGUCCUCGUUAUGAUUUAGAAUUCAUCGGGAAUUAAUUAACAAAGCAAAUUAACGAUUAGGGGAAAAGAAAUAUUAAAGCACGGUUCUCAGAAUUACUCUUAGAAGCAGGUUUUUGAACUCUUUGUACUUCGCAUGGGGUCAAAAGUUCAACGACUAUGGAAGAAGAGUGAGUGGAGCAAAAUGUCUGAUGCGAAUUUGAUGGCUGAAUCCUAUGCAGAAGACGCCAUGCAAAACGUUGCGACAGACGAAGACAACAAGCCCUGCUGUAAGUUCUGUGGGAAGAAAUUCGCCCAGUCGAGUUACAUCAAGGCUCACAUGAGACUCCACACCGGGGAGAAGCCAUUCGCCUGUUCGUUCUGUCCAAAAAGGUUCAGCGAUUGCAGCAAUUGGAAAAAACAUGAAAGGAUUCACAUCAGACAACUGGGUUUGAAUCCGGACAAACAAUCGCCCACGAACAAGAGCCAGGUGGCGGUAGUCCAGAAUCAGAAUUACUCCACCCCUAAGUCCAAAUCAGAACACGGUAACUCUAACUUCCAGUGUAAAAUCUGCAACAAGACAUUCUCAAAUGCCAGCAGUUUAACCACCCAUCGCCGAAUUCAUAGCGGCGAGCGGCCGUACAGAUGCGAGACGUGUGGGAAAUCAUUCACUCAGAUCGGCACCCUGCGGACACAUGAACGGGUACACACAGGAGAGCGGCCCUACAUGUGUAAACUCUGCGGACAGACUUUUGCCCAGAAUGGAAGUUUUCGUAUGCACGAGAGACGACACAUGAUGGAGAUGCUCCACAAAUGUCCAAUUUGCCCCGUUAAAUUCUCCCAGUGGGAAGACGCCAAGGCACACUUAGCUACGCAUCCAGAAAUCUCCGGCGUGGCCGACUUCAUGAAACACUUGCCCACUGUCACGUCAGCCGGUGAGACAGACGAUGAGAACAUGCCGCCCAUAGAUAGCUUUGCUCCGCAUGUGGAGCAGCUCCACAUGGACCAGUUUCCACCCCCGGGUUUUCCGUUUCCAUCCCAGUUAUCUCCCUUUCUGAAUCUUUCUUCGUUACAUUUUGGUGCUGCUCUCGGGGAAAUCGCUACACCUGUUGGCCUUUUUGCUACACAAGGACAGUUGAUGAAGACGGAGGGUAUGAACUUGACAGCACGUUCCACCCCCCAGGAGGACCUGUACAGACAGUCGGCCGAAGUCUCUACCUCCGUCGCUAACGGAAUUAUUUCCUCUCCAAAUGAUAAUGGGGACACUGCCGUCAGUACGACAACUGCCAGGGACAGGAAGUAUAGCUCCGAUUCCCACACGUCAAGAUCAGUGUCCACCCCCGACACGGGGCUAGAAAACGGCACAAACCGAACAGACGCAGACAAGACAGCAAUGGAGACCGAUUUCGUCCAACCAGAGCCCGAACAAAGUGCCAAGCCAAACUCGGAGGACUCGAGCGUGGUCAGCGACCACUCAGACAACAACAACUCAGAGGAGGUUCAGGAAAUCAAGUGUACGAACCUGCACAGUCGGCUGUCUGGAAACUCGCGCAAACAGAAAUGUCCGAUGAGACGAUAUAGUGGAUCAGCUGCGUCCUCAAUGGUUGACCCUGACACCUCAACCCAUGUGACCCAGAGUCUUUUGAACGAGUCCGACAGCAUUUACUCGGGGGACCAGAGUAUCGAGGAGUUCCAGGAUGUAAACAGUAUCACUGGGAAGCUUUACCGAUGCGAACACUGCCAUAUCCUGUUCGAAGACUGCACCCUGUAUCUCCUCCACAACGGGUUCCACUCCCACGACGCAGAUCCGUUCAAAUGCGUUAUAUGUCGGUUGUCCUGUCGGGACCGGAUCGAGUUCAACUGCCAUCUCAUCAGUCACAUAAAGUAAAAGAAAAGUGUCCAGGUUCUCGCAGAGUUUCUAUAUCGGUAAGACGUGAGGAAAAGAAAAAAUUCUUUCUACCCGAGGCAAGUGAGAAAAAAAUGUUGGAAACCCCCGAGAUAUUUUUGAUUAUUUAUGAUCAUCCAUAUGAAAUUUUUUUUUUUUUUUCAUCGGGGAGUUUUCCACCAUGGAGAGUGAUUGAUGCUGUUGAAAAGUGUAAGCGUAGGGUGUAGUAAAAAUGUCCAAAGCAAUGAAAAUGUUGGACACACAAUUCAUGCAGAGUAUUUUUGAUGCCAAAUGAUAAUUGCAUUGCAUGGUCAGUAAAAGUAAUGAAUAAUCUCCACUUCUUAUUUUUGCUGGAUUUCCCGUUUUUUUUUUUUUUUUAUUAUAUACAAAUGAUCUGAAGUUAGAAAUACUUGUGGGAAGAAAAGAAAAAUUAAGAGAGAGGAAGAAUUUUGACCCCAAAAAAUUCUCGUGCUUUCUUGAAAUCUUCCACAGUUUUGUUGUUGUUGUUGAACAAAAGAUCUGUAUUAUUUUAGAUAGUAGUUUUACAUUUAAUUUUUUCUGUUUGCAAUAUUCACUUAGUUUAGAUUUGUUUCAUACAUUGUAUUUUUGUAUAUCAGACAUGGUUUUGCUUAUUGUUAUUUAUUAUAGCCCUGACACAUUUUGUUUGUUUUUUCUUCUUCUUUCUUUUCAAAUUACUCAGUUUUAAGAGUGAAAUAUACAAGGUUAGUGCUAUUUUUACAGGUAUUUCAGUCGUUUGAAAUUUUUAAUUGAACAUGAGGCCUGAAUUAGAUUUAAUAUUGUUUGUGUCGCCUUUGAGACACCAUUUUCACACAAUCGUAGGCAGGACAAAUUUUUAUCAUUUAUGCCUUCUCAUAUUAUUGGACAAAUCUAUUUUGAAACAAGUUUUGACAUAUCUGCUGUACGUGAUAAGUAUAUCAAUUUACAUAUGGUCGUGGUUUUUCUUUAGACGUUUACUCAUGCUAAAGAAAGCACACACGUAAUUUUCGCAGCUUAUUUAGCUAUAAUUUGAAUGAUUUUAUGUUCGUAAGAUUCGUAGGUCCAAACUAUUUUUGACAACUUCAUCUCUCGUUCAUUGGGGAUCAAAGUAUGCAUUUAAAUAGAUCUUGCUUUCAGACUUAUAUCCAAGGCCCUGAAAUAAAUGUCAUCUACGUAAUGGUACCUAUUGGGACCCACUGUUUUAACCUAGGAGCUGAUGGUUAAAAAAAAAUAUUUUUUUGGUAAAAACAAACUCCUGAUUUAGUGAAAUGUUCAUUAUGUUGAAGUGUACACAUUUACCUCUGUUAAUAAUUCCUCGUAAAAAGUGGUGAACAUUCGAAAUAAUUAAAAGUGAAUGUUCUGUAAGGAAAUAGCAAUAUCGAUUUUUUUUAAUCUGGACAAUUUUUCAAAGUUGUGCAAAAUGGUAAAAGAAGCAAUGUUUGAAAGAAAUUAGGCCUUAAUUGUUCAAGAAUAAUAUUUUUAAAUUUUACAUAUUAAGUGCUAGUGCUUUAUCAUACUAUGUGAUGAAUGGGGAAACAUUUAAAUUUUACGUUUUUCCAUUGAAAAAAAAAAAUUAAGGAAAUAUGACGCCAGGUUGAAAGUCCUCUGAAGGCUUCGAACCUUGGUUUCUGGAUUUGCUUUAAUCCACUGAACUAAUGAAAUAAGAUAGGAAAUUGGAAAGGACAAAGAAAAUAUUUCUUAUUUCAUUUUUGCCACAACAACGUGCUUCCGUUUAUUGAUGAUGUGUUACGCAUCAUUAUCUUAAUUAAAAGAUUUUCUACAUAAUCUACAGGUUUGUAGUUUCGACAAAAAAUUUUUAUUUCUUGAUAUCGUCAUUAAUUUCAAUGCACACUAUAUUAGCCAACAUAUUUUUUUUCUCGUAUGUUUUAUUAUUCAUUCACAGCAGUAUGAUGUUUUGCUGAAUAUAUAUAUAUAUUAAGUUAUUUUGAGAGCAGCGGGGAACACCAGAUUGUUUUCUGAUUCAGCAAAUUUAAAUCUGUAUUGUAACAUAUCUUUCACGGCCAUUUAAAUCCAUUUGAGAAAGAAAAAAAAAAACAAGCGAAUUUUAAGUCCUACCCCAAAAAUAUUUUGACAUCACUUUGAAAAUACAGUUAGAUAUUGCCGGUUUAUCUGUAUAUUGUGAUAGGGGUACCGGUAAUGAUAUUCUGAAUCCGAUAUUUGUUUUCUAUAUAUACAUUAAUGUACAUUAAACGUGAAACACAAUAUGGCAUUCAUUGCAACUUUUAAUGAUCAACAUGGUUUUCAAACUUCUUUUUGGCAUCAAAGUGGGAAAAAAAUUUCCUCUACGAUAUUGAAAUGGCCAAGAUUUGUGUGAAACCAAACCUUGUAUGAAAGCAACACACCAUAGUGCCAUGUAUAAAAGUGGAUUGUCCGUCGCGGUAGUCAACAUAUCAUUUACUGUACUAUAUUUUUUUUUAAAACAUUGAUUCUACAUUGAAUAUCAUGUGCAUUUAAAACCAUUGAACUCGCAUUUUAUUUUGUUGUGGCACAAUGUGCUACCUGUGUUGUAGCACAAUGUGCUGCUUUUGUUGUAGCAUAAUGUGCUGCCUUCGUUGUAGCACAAUGUGCUGUGUUAAUACAAUGGUUACCUCGUAGUUUAUGAUAUUGAGCACUUUUUUAUGCUUUGAAGUAUUGUGGAGGGUACCAGUAUUUUUGUCUUCAAAAUGUUGUCCACUUUUUUUUUUUUAUUAUUAUUAUUUCUUCUUCCAAACAUAUGGAGGAUGGCAUACACUUAUCAAAACCACUGGCAAUUAGAUCGCUUGGGUUCAAAUUUACCAUUAAAGAGUGUUCUUUAAUAGUAAAUUCGAACCCAAGCAAUAUAAUUGCCAGUGUUUUAAACCAAAAGAUGAUUUUUUUGUUGAUUUAUUUUAAUUUUUACAGACAAAAUUUCAACAGAAAAAAAAGGGGGUAAAAAUUCUCCUAAAAUGUGGCCAUCAUGUUCUACGUGUAGUUUUCUUUAGACUCCGGUAUAUUUUUUGUUCAUGAAAGAACACUUGCCAAACAAAUAUUUGUUCAAAUGUUAAACCAAGUAUACCUAUUCACUGACAGCACAAGUUUAGUUUUGUUAUUUUGAAUUGUUAUAAGUAAUUAUUCCAAUACUGAACUGCUGAAGGAAAAAAAAAAACUAGAGUAAAGUUAAAGUGACUAGUUUUCUAUUGUUGGCAAUAUAACAUAUUGUAUUAUAAAUUAGCAAUAUUGUAUGUAUCAUAUUUAGUUUUCAAAUUUUCAUGUUUUCUGCACAUACAUACACAUCACUUGUUUAUCUGCAGUUUCGAUAAAUACAUUACUGUAUUUAUGUGGGUUUUUUUUUCAGCAAUAGGUUAUUACUAACUAAGACGCUAUAUUUUUUGUUUGUUUUCUCACAUGUUAAAAACACAUCUUCUCUGCAUCACACACAGCAUGCUGCAUGUCUAUUUAGUCAAUUUGUCUGUUAUCAUGAGCUGUUAAUUGUUUAGGAGACCAAAUUUGUUAGUAUCACUCUGUGUUGUUUCCUGUGUUGCUGUUUUGAAGGAGAAUCUUGUUGUUCGAAUUUCAUUGUUAAAUUAUAGCAGGAACUUCGAACCUGUUAAGCGCAUGCAGGUGAUUCGCAUUAAAAAACGCAGUCGAGGAUGAAAACUUUUUUUUUUUAUAAGUUUAUGAACCGAGAAUGUGGUAAUUUUUGCUGUAGAUAAAUAUUUAGCAAUUGUGCAGGUCAAUGGGAUUCACAAAGAUAUUUUUUUUCUGUAUUGAAAAAUUCUUCUAGGGUGGGGCGGGUGGGGAUAUUUGUCAUGAAGCAACAAAGCAAUGAUUCGUAAAAUUUUGAUCCCCAAAAAUGAAUCUUCAUCAUUUUUUAACUCAAUUUCACAAGACUAAAUGUACAUGUAUGUCAAAAAUUUUCAGAUUCAAGAUUAUAUUUCUAUAUCAAAAGUGUGACAUACCAACGUGUGUACAUAGGUUAUUCCACAAAAGAGACACAGAAAAUUAAAUAAUGCAAGAUAGGAAGAUCUAAAUCAAUUGUUGGCCAGUGAAAGUUAACAAAGGAGAAAGUAAAACGCAGUGUAUAAAACUCUGUAUCAGAUGCAGGUCCAAAAAAAGCCCAUCUUAGCAAAGACUCUAGUGACGAAUUUUAUCUGUGUCGUUUUGGUUUCCUAAAAGUUGUUUUGAAAGUUUCCUAAAAGUUGUUUUGAAAUUUUUAGAUUUUUUAAAGUCUCAACCUUUAUACCCACAAGAUUGAUAAUUGUUUGCCAGUAAUCUGGUUUUAAGGAGGAAUAACACACCAGAGAAAUCUGAUGUGAAUGAAAAAUGGAGGAUAUGUACAAUUGAAAACUUUCAAAUUUACAAUAGUAAAAAAUGCAGUUAUAGUAGAAAGUGAUCUGGAAAUAUUAAAACCCCUGCUGGAUUUGAACCCACAAUCUGCAGAUCAGCAAUCGAUAAGUUAACCCGAGUUACCCUGCUAGGCAAUCAAAUUUAAAAGGAAUGUUUUAAAAGUUAAUCGGCCAUUAUGAUGCUUUAGUAUAUACCUCCUUAAAGUCCUAAUAGAUUGUUUCUUAUGUUAUCUGUGGUGUUGACGACUUUGAACUUUAUUUCAUUGAAUUAUUUUAUUCCCAUAGCAACAUACAACAAAGAUUGCUAUUGAAAUUGGGGCAAAAAUGGCUUUUAAUAACACAAAAGUGUCCUUUAAUGCAAUCGCCUGCAUGCUUAUUUCAAAGAAAAUAACCUUAACAUUGAAAAAUAGGUUAUUUGUAGCCUAAAAAAAAAUUUCCAGUACUAAACUUUCUUGCCAUGGGCAGGUAGAAAAUAAAUGGCAAGAAACAUUGUGACUCUGAAAUUAACAGCAACACAAAAGGCAAUGGACGAAGUGAUGAAAAGUUUAGUUUUAUAGAACAUAUCAACCGUAGAAAGUAGUCGGGACCAUAAAAUAUUAUUUUCAUAUAGAUACUGCUUAAAAACUGCGAGAAGUUAUUUUUCUACUUUGCUAUUUUACAUUUGUCAUUUGCUAUCAUUUUUUUCUGGAUUUAAAAAAAACAACACCAUUUACUGACAUGCAAAUUUAUAAGGAUAAGAUAUGUAAUGACAAUUUUUUUGUUUUCUGUGUUGCGAGCAGGUUUCUGCAGGUGACCUGAGUGUAUGUUGGACACAAUUUAUGCCAAAGUUUAACUGUUUAACUUUGUCAUGCACCAUUUGACACAAGAUAUGUUUAUACGUCAUUUGAAUGUGAUUUACGUCGCCAAAGUCUUUUUGUUUAUUUGCUUUAAAUAUCUUCCUCAUGCAAUGACCGUACCUUUUUUUCUCCCUCUCACCAAUUGAUUACGUCUGAAUUUUAAUAAUCUUUAUCAUCAUACUGCUGAUCUUGCUAUUUUGCUGCUCUGUGGAGCUUCGACAUUAAUUUUUAUAAUGUAUAUCUUUUUCUCUCGAUAUGUCUUAUCAAUAUACACAGGGUAAAAGCUGGGUUUUAUAGCAAGCUUGCUUAUUUCUGUAUCUCGCAGCCAAAACAUGUAGAAUAUAAACAAUUAUGUCAUCUGUAUUUAUUUAGCUAUUUUAAGACAAAAGGGGUUAUAUUUUAUUUAAAUGAUUUAUUUGUUAAGUGUUAAAUUUUCUGAUUCUUCGUUUUCUGGGGUGGGGUGGGGUGGGGUGGGGUUGAGUGCCCGUACUGGGUGGGUUAGGUCUGAAUAACUAUAUUGUGGUACUAGUACUUUAAGACAAUCCCCACAAAAAUAUUUCUAAUACAUACGAAGGGGUUGUGUGCUUUUGUUUCAAUCCCAGACAUUGGGUAAUGUUUUGGCAUUAUAAUAUCCCCCCCCCCCCCCCCCCCCCAACCUGAGUUGUGAAGUCUUUGGUUGUCAGCUGUUGGAGUAAAUUGAUGGAGAUAUUUUUUCUCUCUAUCUCUAACACGCCCCCCUCCCCCUCCCCUCUCCCUUCCUGAGUUGUGAAGUCUUGGGUUGUCAGCAGCUGUUGGAGUAGAUAGAUUAAGAUAUGUGAUAAAUUCGAAAACAUUAAUAUUGACAACUUUACACUUUUUGUGAUGAUUAAACACUUGGUGCAUAAAGUAGAAUGUAUGCAAUUCUAUGUACGUUAGUGGUAUGCGUUAUAGAGACUAUUUGUGUAUUACCAAACUUAUAUGUAAUCACCCUUAUAUAGAUAUAUUUUUUGUGUGACAGUUAUGGCAAAUAUUGUUAUGUAUAUAUACAUAUAUCAUUCAUUAUAUUCUCCAAACUUGCCCCCAUUUUUUCCUUCUUUCUACAAAUGACUGUAAACCAAACGUUCACUGCUGUUUUCCCCCCCUGUCAUCAUUUUCUAAUUUUCAAUUCAUCAGAGUUGAAUUUUUUUUCUCUAUGACCAAGAGGCAGGAUCUUUGAUAAUAAGGUUUCAUUUAUGAAUAAAAGUCUCGAAGAAUAUGAUUGAUGUUUGUAAGACCCAGAUUAAGGGAGUGUUUUUGUCUCCGUUUUUCACCCACCAUUUCUGGGAGGGGGGACUUUGAGGGUGUGUGUAUAAAAUAUUGAUUGUUAAUUUGUGAGUGAUUUCGACAGUUUUUCGGGGAAAAGAUCUGUGUUGAAUAAAAAUCUAAAUUCAAAUACUUUCAGGGGGAGUCUGAUAUUGAUUACAUAAUUUUUUUUUGGGGGGGGGGGUCAACUUUUUAAAUGUUUCAAAAAGUGAAAUUUAAAAAUUCCAUGUACAUUCAUUUUUGAAUAAGCAAUGCUCUAGAAAAGGUGAAAAAGGUAGUUGGUACUUGAAGUUACCAAUUUGGAUCAACAUUCAUCAUAUGUAGUUUCAAGAGGGCGGUUUUUGAUGAAAACUAUUUCAAUUUAGUUUUUUGGUAAGACAUUAAACUUUUGAUCUUGCCCCUAAACUUGAAUUAAAAGCUGACACAAGAAAGAGUGCCAUAUUAAGUAAAAAAAAAAAAAAAAAUAUUGCGAAUACGAAAUGGAUUUUUUAAUGUUUUAAAAUCAGAUUUUUAUGUAAGGCCAUUUUCAUGUGGCAGGGGAUGAAGGGGGGUGGGUGGAAAAAGGGGAGACAAACAUAUCCAGGGCCUGAUAGUCGUAGCUGUGACAUUUGUACAUAAACCAGGGCAUUAGCCCUAUGUUAGUGAAGGGAACAAGAUUUGCCAAAUAGCUUGUAAUUUGGUUUACAACUUACAUUAUGUGCAUUUAUAUUAUAACUUAGUUUUUAUAUUAAAAAAAAGGAAAAAAAUUGUCAAAGCUCUGAUAUUAUUUUUGCCCCCUUUCCAACAGAAACUAACUAAUAGUAUUUUUCUGUCCAGAAAGUAUUGAAGACUUACGUUGUUAUAUACAUGGCUUCUUGGUACAUGCAACUGUUGAUAGAUACAAUUUUUACACUUAAAAAAAGUUUACAUUUUGUUUAAAGAGUUGUGUAAUCAAAGACGGCAUUUACUUUAUCAUUUAUUUUAUUUUUCAUCUUUCUUUUUUUUUUUUUUUUUGAUAAAUCAUAUACAGUUAUUUGUGGGAAAUAUUUCUACAAAAGUUGCCUGUUGUUCUCUGUUGACUGCUAAAAGAAGGAAUUGUUUUGAAACUUAUUUCAUAGCACUCUUUACUUACGCACUUAAAACUGAAACAAAAGGUGUACAUAAAAAAAACCUUAUCUUGCUUUUCAUUGGUUUAUAAAUUUUCAAUGCGGACGGAUUUUCAAAUCAAAAGGGUGUUCAUAACCUUUUUAAAAUUAAAUCUCGAGAGCCAAAAAAACCAGAAGUUUUUUUGUUUUGUUUUUUAAGAAUAUAAAACAAAAAAAGAAUUUAGGAAUAUGUCUGCAAAUAUACAGUUUGAAAUAAUUUAUUUGUUAUGGAAUUUUUAAUAGGUGUAUUCUUUAUGAGUCAACAUUGAAGUUAUUCGAUUUUCCCCUCUUAUUAGAUCAUUGUUUAUGGUCGUUUUAUGAGGAACUGGGGAAACGUACACAUCGCAAAAGAUUACUUCGUUUAUUAAAAACCACUGCUGUAGGUACAUUUUGUGCAGGAAUUUUCUUGCUUCUUUGAGAAGGGGCAUGGUGAUUUUUGACACCAUCACAAUUUAUUAUCAUUCAAUGCGAGUCCAGGGAGGCUUCUGGCACUGUUGUCUAUUUAUCAUUUAGCACUGGUAGAUCUGUAUUAUUUUAGAACUGUUGGAAAUGUAACAUGACUUAAUUUGUUGUAUAGUUACCAGUAGAUGUGUUGUGAAUGCUUUUUUUUUUCUUUCUUGGUGCUAAAUAUAUAUUGAUGUUUUAAAAGCUUCGUUGUUAGAACCUGUACUUAAAGUACAUCAUUAAAGUUAGAUCUGAUUAAAUAAAA